UGGUGUAUAGUGUAUACCAACAAUAGCUAACUAAAAAAACAGCUGUUCGUUGUGAGCCAGUGGUCUUCGCGAAAACAUUACAAUGUUUAUCUGUCGCAUUUAUUAUGUUUUCGUGUACAUAAUAUGACAUACGUAGAAUACAUUGAGUUUAUUUGGUCUGGGUGUCCUACAUGCAAUUAAUACAGUGACUGACAGUUCUUAGAAUGAGAUUUUCACAUUACAAGUUAAUAGAACUUAAGCUUAACAUAAACUUAGUUACAUAAUCUUGUAGGGUUGUUAUAUAGGUUAUAUAUAAAUUGAAGAACCGAGUUACUGAGAAAAUGUUGUGGAGAAUACAGAGAAUAAAAGUCACCUCUUCGGCUAUGGUCAGUUUUCAGCAGUAUUCAACGACGAAAAGACGUCGUGUUGUCGUAACGGGUAUAGGAGUCGUUUCUCCAUUGGGAUGCGGGGCCCAGCAUGCAUGGAACAGAAUAUUAUCAGGUGACUGUGGUAUUGUUCGUCUCCCCGACGACAGAUAUGGAACCCUUCCAUGCAAAAUAGCAGCUCUGGUGAAAAAAGGAAACAGUGAUGGUGAAUUAAAUAUAAAUCUUCAUUUCGCUGACAGGGAGCUAAGGACAAUGGCGCCAGCGACAGUGUAUGCAAUGGUAGCAGCAAAAGAAGCGCUAGAGGACGCAAAUUGGUUCCCAGAGGAAGAGGAAAUGAAACAGCAGACGGGUGUUGCAAUAGGAAUGGGAAUGAUUGAUAUGGAAGAUAUUUGUAGCACAAAUGAAUCACUAAAGAGGGGAUAUAAUCGUGUAAGCCCAUAUUUUGUUCCUAGAAUUCUUGUAAAUAUGGCAGCUGGUCUGAUAAGCAUUAGAUAUGGCUUUAAAGGACCUAACCAUGCUGUUUCUACAGCUUGUGCAACUGGUGCUCAUGCAAUUGGCGAUGCAUAUAGGUUUAUACAGCAUAGUGAUGCUAAAGUUAUGGUUUGUGGGGCCACUGAAGCAAGUGUCAAUCCACUCUCAAUUGCAGGAUUUUGUAGGUUGAGAGCUCUUAGUACAAAAUUUAAUGAUGAGCCUUUGAAAGCGUCAAGACCAUUUGACAAGAACCGUGACGGUUUUGUGAUGGGCGAAGGAUCAGCCGUAAUUAUUUUAGAGGAACUAGACCAUGCUAUUCAAAGAGGUGCACAAAUAUAUGCAGAGGUGUUAGGGUAUGGUUUAUCUGGAGAUGCAUCUCAUCUAACAGCACCCAAUGAAGAUGGACUGGGAGCGACAUUAGCAAUGUCAAGAGCAAUAUGUGAUGCUAGGCUACAGCCAGAGGAAAUAAGUUAUGUCAAUGCUCAUGCUACAUCUACUCCACUUGGUGAUGAGAUAGAGGCAAAGGCUAUCAGCAGACUGCUUGGUAAACAUGGUGGUGUUGCUGUUUCUUCAACCAAAGGAGCUCAUGGACAUUUGCUUGGUGCUGCAGGUAAUCUAGAAUCUGUGUUCACCAUUAUGGCUAUUAAGACCGGCUUCUUACCUCCGAGCAUAAAUAUUGAAAAUGCAAUUGAUGCCAAAAAUGUACAUUUUGUUUCAAACAUUAAGAGAGAGUGGAAUCAUCAGAAGAGGAUUGCUUUAAAAAAUGCAUUUGGUUUUGGUGGAACUAAUGUAUCAUUAUGUUUUUCACAAUAUGUGAGCUAGGUUUUUUUGUUUCGGUCUAAUAAAACGUGCCAUACUUUUUGUAUUUUUCUUUUUAGUAAAUGCAAUUUGCACAAUUUUCAGUAAAGAUUUUCUUCCCGUGUGAAUAAAACUGCAAACAAGCCUGUGAAGAAAGUUGAAGACUGAUCUCAAUUUGAAUAUCAGAUGUUUGUGACAUUAUUGCCAUAAAAUAGUCCUACAUCUGCCACAAACUCCUUUAUCUGAGCACUGUGUAGAUCCAACACUCCCAGCAAAAGAUAAUACUGCUGAAUCAUUUUGUUGUAGUAGGUUAUCCACCUAUAAAUAAGGUAGUCUGGGGAAAAAAGAACUAGUUAUUUAUUUGUCCCUUAAUCAUUCUGAAUGAUGGUUGGUUGAUUCAGUGAGGGGAGCAAACAGUGAGGUCAUCGGAUUAGGGAAGGAUGGGGAAGGGAGUUGUCCGUGCCCUUUCAAAGGAACCAUCAUGUCGCUUGCCUGAAGUGAUUUUGGCAAAUCAUGGAAAACCUAAAUCAGGAUGGCCACACAUGGUUUUAAACCAUCGUCCUCAUGAAUGUGAGUCCAGUGUACUAAUCACUGUGCCACCUCGCUUGCUCUGAACAGAGUAAUAGGACAUGUAACAAGAAGAUAAUUUUGAAACAUUAAAAUUUCACAUUACAUUUAUCAUGACUGUAUAUUACUAUAAAUCACAUACCAGAACGAAUUUAGUGCUUCCCAUAGCAUAGUAUGGUAGUGUUUUCGAGAUUAUUGCUACAACAGUGAAGUUUAAAUAAGAAUAUUAUUCUUAGGAUAUAGUAUCAAAAUUUAGAAAUUAGUUUCCAUUGAGAGGAGAUAACUUGCAUUUGUAGCGACUUUAUUUUAGAUGUUUAUUUAUCACUAUUCUAUUGAAGAAGAAAUACUAAGCACCAAAUUGGGUCAACUGAAGAAUGGGAUACAACUCAUCGACUUUGUCCAACGAAUUCACAUUUUAGUCAUAGACAUUAGUUUCUUUAUUUUCGAGCUAUAGAUAAUAUAUCAGUUAUCUUCUGUGGCAAAGCGUUGUAAUUGUAAAUAAAAAUAAAUGAAUGUGUUAC